GUUCAGAUGGGAUGCUAGGCAUCGCAGCUGAAACGUCUUCAGCAUACGAAUUCAACAAUGCAGACGGGACUUCAAUACUGUCAUCGAGGAGUUGCCCCCCGAGCCGAUGUAGCACUGAGCUAGAACUGGAUGAAGACGACUUCUGCGACCUAGAGAGCAUUGGCGACGAUGAAGCAGAGAUGCAAGCAGAGGAGUUGAUGAAGGAAUAUGUGCUCCUUCAAUCACCAUCCACUACACCAUCACGCGCUUCUUCUUUAUCGGAUAAAAGUAGGCUCAGUUUUAUGUUGAAGCGACGAUUGACGAGCGCGAGCCAUCUAGCAACGUAUACAUCGACAAUAAUUCAACAGCAACCACAGCAGCAACACCACCAUAGCUUGGCCAAUGACGCUAGUGACAGCAGCGCCACUACUUGCAAUGACCAACCUCAAAACUCUAUUUCUUAUUCGUUUCUCCAUAACAAGGAUUCCUCUAAACCUUAUAGCGUCGACGAGAAUAAUGCAUCAUUCCCAUCGACGGGGCGAAAAAAAUGCUAUAACAGUAGCUCUGUAAAUACUAUGAUGAGCUUGACUCAAAGCAUUCCUGUGUGGGAUACCCAUAAGGUCCAACAGAGCAAUAACAGCACGAGACAGAUGAAUCAUAGGACACUGGACCAUGGUGCUACGUUGGACAACUGCCUUGGUGAUGAUGACAAUGCAUCUAUAACUGAAGCUAAGCAGGCGGAAUCUACCGCAUGGAAAGCUUGCUAUGGGCUAUUCUGGGUUGCAGCAGACCAUUGGUUGGAUGAGUCGAGACUCAUCAGUUCAUACAAUCUUCAACCACACUGCUUGUUGGAGCUUCAGCUUCGGAGCAGCUACGUCCAACUUCCACUGUCUGGCACAUCCCUUGACUACUAUGAUCAUUAUGCGGAAGGUGUCUUAUACAAGAUGUCAAAAAAGGGCUACAGGCUAACGAACGACAAUAAUGAUUUCAAAGAUUACCUUUUGGAGGGAGAAGAAGAAGAGGAUGUCUGGAAAGAGCGCUGGGUUGUGCUUCAAGGCAAGAGCCUACUACUCCACAGGAAACACAAGGACACAGUCAAAAAGGUUGUUGAAUUGCAAACGCCACUAACAGUGGUGACAGCUAUUAUACCACACGAUCCUCAAUAUGGCCUCAAGCAAUCGCCAACCACGCCCAUGUCCAAUACCUUGAUCGCAUUGACAGUGUCACUAGACCCCACAGUGCCCAAAAUCUACUUCCGAGCUCCCAGUGAAAGUGUAAGCAGUUAG